UUACUGGUUUAUGCGUUCAUGUUAUGCAAUCCAUCACUAUUUGGGGAAGACGGAGAGCGUGUUACUCUGCACGUGUUACCGAGCACCGUGUAGUUGUUAUAACCCUAUGGUUAGAAUACGGUUCUUCCUCGUCUCCGUAUGCACCAGCUCCGUGGGCACCGUACGAGGACGGGACUCGCUGCAUUAAAGAGAACCGACCACAUUAUGGGGGAGUGAUGGCAGCCACGGAGUGUUACAUUGUCCACGAGAUCUACAACGGUGAGAAUGCACAGGAGCAGUUCGAGUACGAGCUGGAGCAGGCUCUGGAGGCGCAGUACCGCUAUAUCGUAAUCGAACCCACGCGCAUCGGAGACGAGACGGCACGCUGGGUGGCCGUGGGAAACUGCCUGCACAAAACCGCCGUUCUGGCAGGGGCUGCGUGCCUCCUGACGCCACUCGCCCUUCCCGUCGAAUAUUCCCGUUACGUGGCGCUCCCUGCUGGCGCUCUGAGCCUGGCCUGCGCCACGCUCUAUGGCAUCUCCUGGCAGUUUGACCCCUGCUGCAAAUACCAGGUGGAGUACGACAGUCAGAAGCUCUCGCGGCUGCCACUGCACACGCUCACCUCCUCCUCGCCGGUGGUUCUGGUUCGACGGGACGACGUGCAUAGAAAGAGACUGCACAACACGAUAGCGUUGGCGGCCCUGGCGUACUGUGCCAAGAAGAUCUAUGAACUGUACGCCGUAUGAGCGCUAUGACGUAUGCGCACACUCGCGUACAGAUACUGAUAUACACGUACACACACACAAACACACAGCAGGGAGGAGAGAAGCACUAAUAAACACCCGACACUGGCAGAUACUCACAUACACAACAAACAAGACAUAUGGAUGGACCGACGGAGAGAGUGAUCGAAAAACAAACGGAGGCGACAAGUGACGUAGCACUCUCUCUGUUACGCUUUUUCAGCGAUUUGCUUUCAGAUUGACGGAUGGAUGGAUGUAAGAGAGGAAGAGUUGGGGGGGGGGGGGGCUUAUAGUUCUGAAUGAAUCUUUCCCUUUUCGCUGUACUUUAUAAGUGAUAUCACCAGUGCACUUGAGCCCCCCUUCCCUGCCUCUGUCCAGACCCUUCCUUUGUCCCGGCGGCCCUCCCAAAACGUCACCUGCCACCCACACGGAGCUCCACACCCGGGCGGUGACCUGUCGGACUGAACGUGUGGUGGACAGACAGACGGAUCAUGUUUUAAGAAUGACCUUUGAACCCUCUCCUCCCUCUGUGUAGUUUUACCGUACCCUGCCUUUGGUGCGUCACCUUUUCAUUAAACAGUAAGAGAUUUAACCUCACUGGCAUCUCUGACAACCUUCAUUUGACCCUCAAGGGCUCAGGUUCUGUCUGAGUCUUAGCCUUCAUGCAGACCUCGCAGGUUGAUUGGUUUUACAAGCCGUGGUUUGUGAUGGAUCAGUUUAAUCCGGUUCUUCGUGUGAAGUUAUGAAAAGUAAAUAUGAAAGGUGAGCAGUAAAGGUGAACUCCUCUGAAACGGAUAGUUCACUUCACCCCCCAAAAUUACAAUUUAGUAAUUUCCUCAUGUUGAUCCAGAGCCCUAUAUGCUAUGUUAUUGGGUUUCAAAGAAAACUAGAGUUCAAACAGAAAUGCGAAACUCAUAAGCAGUCUGAAGGGUUCACUUCACAAAAAGAGUUGGACAAAAUACCUUAUAUUUCAUUCACAUGGAAACCUUUACAAAUCAACGAGAUUGGAACUGAAUCAGUGGAAACAAAGAACUGAAUGUUGGGGUAAAUCGAUUAGUAUAAAUAUCCAGUUCCUCUUAUUAAGUAAUGAAAACUGAAAAGAUGAGCAGUAAAUGUAAAUUCAUCAGAAAUGAAUAGUUCGCCCAUAUAUUUACUUGUGUGUUUGGUUAUUAAUAUUAUUUGAAUUAGCUGAUAAUGACAAUCACUUAAUAGUUUGCAUAAGACAACUUUGUGAAAGUUUUAGUCUAAAAUGGUAUUUCUGUAUGAAUGGUGCCAUGUUAAAUAAUGUUCACACUUGUUUAUGAUGUUUUUAUGACUGCAUCGCAGCCUGUGGAGCUAAAAUGAGACUUCUGAUAUGUUUUAUUUCCAAGUGAGACAGGUAAGGUUAAAUUGGGGUCAGUCUUUGUUUUAAACAUUUAUGUAAUUUCUGCUCAAUAGAAAUGCUAAAUUGAUGUUUUGUCAAA